AUGUCCGACGAUGUCGAUUCCAUCGUCAAAGGCGCCUCUGCUCCUUCGCAGGGCGCCAAGGAGGUCGCCGGCUCGAGCCCCAUUCUGCCCACCACCGUAAAGCAGGGCGAUCCGCUGCACCACACGCCGAGCUCGCCGUCCAUGAUCUAUCUCAACCUGCUGAUCCUCGAAGCAUCGCUGCGCGCCCAAUUCCUCGAACUGCGCGCUAGGAAGCGGCACCAUACUUUCUUUCUUACGCUCCUGUCCCUCUGGAUCGCCGGCUUUGGAUAUGCUCUCUUCCUCGCCCCGCGUGAAGAUGGCCGAGGUGUCGGUGGUUCUAUCUACUGGGCCGUGGAAGGCGCCGAGAAGGUGUGCUUCAUGGGCGGCAUCAUCACUGCGAUUCUCGUCUGGGCAACUGGAAUCUGGGAGCGCGGAAUUCGUUGGCCGCGACGCUGGUUUGUCAUUUCCAACAGGGGACUGCGUGGCUUCAACUGCAAGCUGAUCAUAAUACGACGGACGUGGUGGGCCGAGACGCUCUCCACGAUCGGAUUCUUCCUGACGUAUGGUCUUUUCUCACGCACCGCUAGCUCAUCGUACCGAUACGUCGAACCGAGUCUCCUGCGGGAGGUGGAGAAGGAACUCCAGAUCACGAGCGACAUGCAUCCUACUUUGGUGCUGCCCCACGAAGAUGAGGAGAAGGGUGGUCACGAGGAGGAUUUGGCGCCAGGCGGUGACUACGUCAAGCUGCUACUCCUCGCUAAGCCAUUCUCGGCCACGUUUCGAGAGAACUGGGAACUAUACAGGACGGAAUACUGGGAGAAGGAGAAUGAGCGCCGUGCGCUGCUGCGGCGGAAGGUCAAAGAGCGCGAUCAACAACUUGUUAGACAGCAGUAUGGUUGGACAUGGUGGUUCCCCGGCCGACAACCCCGACGACACGAGCCCGAGAAGAUUCAUCCUCCUGCACCACGACACAUCGCCGUUGAACGAGAGCGCAGACGUCGCGGGAGCAGCGUGCGUCGUUCCUCGAUCAGCUCAACGCGGAGUCCAUUGCCGACCGUCGAUGGAGAAGAGAACCCGGUGGUGCGACGAUCCAGCAGCGGCUCCAUUUCCAAAAGUCGCAAGAGGCUCUCUACAAGCUCCAAGCCGAAGAGGCCAGGCAACGACUCGCGGUCUGUCACGCCGGAUUAUUCGUCACCUCUGGCAAGGGAGAGCAGUGCCACGCAUACACCUGAUUCGGGACCUGAAGGGGGGAAGGUAUUGAGGAAUUCAUCGUCGAGGUCAACUGUUGGGUCGAAAGAGCGUGAUUGA